GAGACGCGACAGGACGCUCGCUAUCGAUCCUGGCAGCCGGUGGCCCUCAUAUGGCCUGCGUCACAACGCUCCCCGGCGCUAUAAAUACCGGGAGGAGCUGCAGCAGUGCAGAGCCGCGAACCACCGCGAGGAGCCAUGACUUCGCUAGGCUACGAUCCCUACUACUCAUCCUACCGCCACCGCUAUGUGGAGUCCGGGCCCCGGGUGGCGGUGCGCAACAGCGGGGGCCUCCCGUGUCGCUCGGUGUAUUCCAGCCUGGCGGCACCUCCCCUCUCCAACUGGCUGCACUACUCAGGCUUUGGUCGCACGGCGUCCUUCUCCUCGCCGCUGUCCCUGCUGGGCUCGGCACCUGACUUGGACCUCAGCCAGGCGGCGCAGGUGAGCUCCGACUUCCGGGCGGUGCGCAUGCAGGAGAGCGCCCAGCUGCAGGAGCUCAACGACCGCUUCGCCGGCUUCAUCGAGCACGUGCGCGAGCUGGAGCAGUGCAACCGCGCCCUGGAGGCGGAGCUCCUCGUGCUGCGGCGCCGCAACGGCGAACCGUCCCGCCUGCACGUGCUCUACGAACAGGAGGCGCGCGAGCUGAGAGCCGCCGUGGAGGAGGCGAGCGCCGAGAAGCAGGCCGCCCAGGGCCGCCGGGACCGCCUGGAGGAGGCGCUGCGGGGCCUGCAGGCCCGCUAUGAGGAGGAGGCGGUCGCCCGCGAGGACGCCGAGGCGCGGCUGCUGGAGGCGCGGAAGGGCGCGGACGAGGCGGCGUUGGGGCGCGCAGAGCUCGAGAAGCAAACCGACUCCCUGCUGGACGAGCUGGCCUUCUUGAAGCGGCUGCACGAGGGCGAGAUCGCCGAGCUCCAGGCGCAGGCGCAGUUCAGCGCCCAGGUGUCCGCGCAGACGGAGACGGCGGCGCCCGACCUGUCGGCGGCGCUGCGCGACAUCCGCGCCCAGUACGAGCGUCUGGCGCAACGCAACAUGCAGUCGGCGGAGGACUGGUUCCACGGCAAGGUGAGCACCAUGACGGAGAGCGCCGCGCGCCACGGCGACGACAUGCGCAAAGCCCGCGACGAGGCCGGCGAGUACCGGCGCCUGCUCAAGGCGCGCGGCCUGGAGGUCGAGGUGUGCCGGAGCGCCACCCAGGAGCUGGAGAAGCAGCUGCAGGACAUCGAGGAGAAGCAGAGCGCCGAGAUCGCCGCCAUGCAGGAGGCAAUCGGCCAGCUGGAGAACGAGCUGAGCGCCACCAAGAAUGAGAUGGCCCGCUACCUGAAGGAGUACCAGGACCUGCUCAACGUCAAGAUGGCCCUGGACAUUGAGAUCGCAGCCUACAGGAAGCUUCUAGAAGGGGAGGAGACCCGUUUCAGUGUGGGCGGCGCCGGCUCCCUCCAGAGCGUCUUCUCACAGAGCGUGUCGGCCGUUCCAUCCUUCGGCCGCUCCGUGUUCUCGCUGCAGUCCAGCCUGAGCUCCGGCGCCCCCUACCUGCUGAGCUCGCGCCUGCUCAGCUCCUCCUUCUCCUCUGCGGACGAGAUGAUCGGCGCGAGCCAGGCGCAGCGUUCCGAGGAGGGCCUGCCGGCGGGGGGUGACGAGGAGCAGCAGCAGCAGGAGGAGGAGGAGAAGGAGGUUCAGGAUGGAGAGGAAGAAGGUGAAGCUGAGGAAGGAGGCGAAGGCGAGGAGGAGGAAGAGGAGGAAGGCGCCAGUGACAAGGAGGGCGGGGAACAGGGUGAAGGAGAGAGCGGGGCCGGCGGCGGAGCUGGAGGAGACACCCGGGGCGCAGGAAAGGAGGAGCGAGGGGACGAAGGCGGGGACCGCAAGGCCGAGGAGAAGGAGGACUGAGCUGCCGCCGUCGUUCAGAUCGUUCCCAAGGGCCGCGAGCGGAGGGAUCCGAACCUGAGCCGACCUGUAAAGUGUGCUGCUUCCUGUAUAAUGGUGCUCUAUGCAACAAAUCAUAAUCGAGUCGCUGCGACGAGAGACGUGUAACCAUUCCUCCAGAGCCAGUGCGUGCGUGCGUGAGUGCGAGAACCAUCACAGACACGCGUGUGUUUUCCUGUGUGCGGGUGAAUGAACAGCAGGAGGCAUCGUCUGGGCCUCGGCGAUGCUGCCCAGCCCAUUGUUUCGACUGGUGCAAAGAGAGCGGUGAAGCACCGCCCCGAACGAGUCGCCGCCGCCGCCGCCUGCCUGCGGAGCACAAGUGUGUUUGAAUGACGACAAAUGCAUCUUAGGGAAUAGAGCUCAUCAUGUACUGUAUGCAAAUAAAGAUGGAAUUCACGCUGACUGGAAAUAUUGACUUUUAUAUCAGCAAAAGGA